AUGUUUAUGUGAUGGGAACUGGCCAUGAGGUGAGGUCCACCAUAGGCGAGGGAUGCAUGGGCCAAAAGUUGUGGAUUGGAAGAUCCUAACCGUCGACUAAUAGAAGGGUUUGGAUUGACCAUCCAGUGCUGUUUCUGUUGCGUCCUUCAAUGCUUUUCUACCAUCCAUCAGAGACGGGCGUCGUCCCAUCGUAGCCGUUUGUCAGUUGCGACUCGUACAAGCCGGGGCCCACCUUGCCUUUACCAUCUUCUUGCCAGGAUCCCCCUGCAACCCCCCCGCGGCUCUCUCCCUCUCCCUCUCCCUCUCCAUGGAAGUCGCCAUUUCGUCCCGCUUCUCGCUCGAGCCGCGCAUGGUAGCAUCUUCCCCUUGGAGAACUAGAAAACCGAAAAGAACCCUGAACUCCACUAGGGCAUCUCUAAACAGCAGUUUCAUUGCUCCUUCCGUCAGCGGCAGUGUUGCGGGCGGCUUUUGCGGUCAGAAAAUCCACCCCAUUUCUCUAAAUAGGACGGUCUCGGGUUCUCGCGGCAAGCGGGGCGUUGUGACCAUGGUCAUUCCUUUCUUGAGGGGAAGUGCAUGGGAGCAACCACCUCCGGAUCUUGCUUCUUACUUGUACAAAAAUCGAAUUGUAUACCUAGGCAUGACUCUUGUUCCAUCUGUGACCGAGUUGAUCCUAGCAGAGUUCCUAUACCUUCAGUAUGAGGAUGCUGAGAAGCCAAUUUACCUAUAUAUAAACUCCACAGGGACAACUAAGGGUGGGGAGAAGUUGGGCUAUGAGACGGAGGCUUUUGCGAUCUAUGAUGUUAUGAGGUAUGUUAAGCCCCCUAUUUUCACACUUUGUGUUGGUAACGCUUGGGGAGAAGCAGCAUUGCUUUUGGCUGCUGGUGCGAGAGGAAACCGUGCAGCUUUGCCAUCGUCAACAAUCAUGAUAAAGCAGCCCAUCGCCAGGUUUCAGGGUCAAGCAACGGAUAUCGACCUUGCAAGAAAAGAAGUAAAAAAUGUGAAGGCUGAUUUGGUUGAGCUCUACUCGAGGCAUAUAGGAAAAACUCCUGAGCAGAUUGAAGAGGAUAUUGGGCGCCCAAAAUACUUCAGUCCUAGUGAAGCAGUUGAAUAUGGUAUCAUCGAUAAGGUCUUGUACAAUGAAAGAGGAAAGGAAGACCGUGGCGUAGUUUCUGACCUGAAAAGAGCCCAACUUAUAUAGUUUUUCAAACUCACAUCUGAUUGUAUUGACAGUUUCAAGGUAAUUUAUGGCCGAUUAUUAGCAGCUGCAAGCUGCUAAACUUCAUUCUGGUACCUUAGAUUUUAGCUGUUACUGCCUGAAGCCCCAUUACCAGCAUUUAAGGAGGAGCUUGCCGUACUUGGAAAGCUCAUGUUUUAAGCGAGCAUUUCAUUACUGUGUCACUUCACUCCAAUCAGAGAAAAUUUUCUCCAGCUUUGUGAGCUCUGAUUAAGGCGGUUGUGUGUUUUUUUAAUUGCGUUAUUGUAAUGAGGUGAUUCUUUGCAAUUUCAUUAUGAUGAUCAUUCACUGUUUACCAGUA